AUUGGUAGUAGAAAUUCACUAAUGUUAGAUUUCGCUUCUGAGUGAAGAUUACUAGAAGGAGAUCAUCCUAAGAGAUCAGACUUCCAGUCAUCGAUUGUACAAGCAUUAAUUUAUUGUUUUAAUAGUGUCUAAAAACUAUAAAAUAUUAAAAAAUGGCGUCUGAAGAUACUACUGGUGCUUCUACGAUUAAAUAUUAUACACGUGCUGAAGUUGCGAAAUAUAAUACAGCUACAAAUUCAUGGAUAAUCAUUCAUGAUAAAGUGUAUGAUGUGACAAAAUUUUUGAAACAGCAUCCUGGUGGCGAAGAAGUUAUUUUGGAACAUGCCGGGCGAGAUGGAACAGAACCCUUUGAAGAUAUUGGACAUUCUAGUGAUGCAAGAGAAAUGAUGGAGCCAUAUAAAAUAGGAGAACUAGUAGAAGAAGAAAGAACAAAAAGUGAUGAUAAGAAAGAACGAGACUGGGCAAAUGGAGCUUCAAAUGGAGAUAGUUCUAGUAAUAGAGCAACGCAAUCUAUUCCUGGCUUUAAUCAUUGGCUCUUGGAGAUCCUGGCUGAUUCCUGUUUUACUUGGAGUACUAGCAACUCUUAUCUACCGUUAUUUCAUCAGCGCACAUUGAAACAUUCCAUAAGAUUAUUAUCUUAUUUUAUAUCUAUAACGUGUUAAAAAUUGAUUGUUGUGUAUAAUUCGGCGUGAACAAUCACUCUAUAUUACACAGUAUUGUAAUUAUUUUUUAUUGGAAGCUAUGAGAAGCUACACAAUCGGGUGGUCUAGCAUUUAUAUAGAGGACAUCAGACAUAAUAUAUCUGUAUGUAUAUAUGUGUAUCAAUCAUUACAGUAUCUAUGAAGCCAAGAAUAAAUUAAUUUAAUUUGCAUGAC